AUGGUCGAGUCGAAGAGCUUUCCCGCCGCCACUUCGCCGCAACUGCCGGCGCCGGGCGCGCGGCUUCCUUCGUCGCAGAGCUGCGGCGCUGCCGUUUCGCAGCGCCCCGCUUCCCCGCACGCGCGCUCCCCGUUCUCUUCGCCGCGUACCGCUUCCCCUCGCCCCCCCUCCCCGUUCUCCUCCCCGCGUCACGCUUCUCCGCUUUCCUCUCCUAACGCCAACCAUUCCGGAGCGCGGCGCCCGCCAAGCGAUCAACAGUCCGCAAGGCUAGGCCCCUCGCCAGCAGAAGUCGCUUACGUGGACUGGUCGUCAACUGAUGUGUCACCGUCGGGAUUCUCACCCGCAGCGGCAGGCCCGCCGUCCCCGUCGACAGCAGGAGUGGCUGUAGCGGGGUUGCGGUCGCGGAGCCGGCUCGGACCAGGCUACAACCACGCGACAGCCGACGACGCAGCAGGCAGCCCUCGCUGCGCCUCACCCCACCAUGCCCCUGCCGCUAGUCCCGGGGCCGUUUCCGCGUUAGCCCCUAGCGCAAACCGCACGGCACUAGGAGGUCCCGCUGCGGGCACGCAGGACUGCAACAAUCCGCCGGAUCCCGCGCGACAGCAGCCCAAGGCCACGUGGGGAAGCCCGCACGACGCGCACAGGCCGGUGUCCCCGAAAAGCCAACCGGUCCGCCGCUUUGCGCUUCCGCCGAAGCUGCUGUGCGGUUCCUUCUCCCCCUCCUCCCCGUCAUCCCUCUCCCCCGCCACCCCCUCCCCAGUCCAUCCCUUCUCCCCAGCCUCCCCUUCCGCCCGCAAACGCUCCGGCGCGUUUCCGCAUUCCGCCUCUGCCCCUUUUUCUUGUCCCCCUUCCGCCUCCCCCGCAUCUCCCGCCUCCCCCACGCCCUCCGCCUCCCCCACGCCCUCCGCCUCCCCCCCCUCCGCCUCGUGCUUCUCCUCCUCCUCAACCGCGUCGCACUCGCGAUUCGCAUCGCUGUCGCCAGCGUCGCCCCUGGGCGUGCUAAAGUCGCCGACGCCGCAUUCCCCGGCGAGCAGGAGCGCGUCGCCGCAGCCCAAGAGCCCGCUGGGGCUGACGGCAGUCGCCGCGGGGACUUACACCAGCGCAUGCGCUGCUAGUGCCGCCGGUGAUAGCGCAAGCUGCAAAAGUGAAGGGACGUUUCGUCAGCAGCAGCAGCAGCAGGCGCAGCAGCAGCAGGCGCAGAGGCGGGGGGCGAUCUCGGGGGCGCAGGGGCGGGCGUUCAGCAUCGCGGACUUGCUGCGCCUCCACUCGCGCUCGCUCUCCUCCCGCGCUGCGCCCGAUGCGCCAACCUCCGCCACCUCACCCGCGCGCGGGGACUCGGACGAGGCGGGCUCGUGGAGGGCCGACCCGCGCUUGCGAGGCGGGGAGGGGAUGAGCGGGCAGGCGCAGCAGCGACAGGGGUCUCCCCAGCAGCGGCCGCGGCAGCGGGUUGGGGGGGAUGGGCCGAGGAGACGGGCGAUAGUGCGGUGUGUAUCGGAGCAGGUGGAACGACGUAGUGCUUAUAGCGGGGAUGGGAUGACGGGGCAAGGGGGAAGGGGAGGGGAGGGGGAUGCGCGGAGAGCGAGCGCGCAUGGGUGGGCGUCCGCCGACCUGGCACUCCGACUGCAGCGCGCCGUUGCCACUGCUGCUCGCGGCCGCUCGCCUGCUGCGCCCGCUGCGAGCGCCGCUGCUGUUGCUGCCGCCACUUGCGCCAACUCUGCUGCUGCGAGCGGCAAUGCUGCUGCAAGUCAUGGCGCUGUUGCUGAUAGAAGGUUUACCAGUUCAUCCGAGGACGCAGAAACUAGACACGGGGACGGGGGAGAGGGGGAAGAAGAGGAGUGCUUAGAAAGGGGGAGCGGCUGGAGCGUGGAUGGGGAGGAGGAAGGAGAGGCGGAGGAGAGCGCGGAGAGGAGGGAGGAAGGCGGGUGGGAGGUGGCCCCGAGGCAUGGGGAGAGGCCCGCGGAGAAGCACGAAGAGAGGCAGGGGGAGAGGCAGGGGGAGAGGCAGGGAGAGAGGAAACUGUGCAGCGGAAGCAGCAGCAGUAGUAGCGGCAGUAUGCCGCUGUGCCCGGGCGCGUUUCUGGGCAGCAGCAGCUCGUUCAACGCGCGCCCGCGCUUUCCCGUCAACGCCUCCACCUCCGCCGCCGCCGCCGCCCUGGCCGCCGGGGGCAGCUGCCGGCGCAGCAGCAGCCGGCUGGCGCUCUCGGACCUGUACAGCAGCAGCCGCGACUCGCGCCCCGCUGGGCAAGGCACGGGCGCGCCCACUGGUGCCGCUAGCACCAGUGGCGGGGGGGGUGAGAGCGGGCGUGUGAGUAGCAAGGGGGGCAGCAGCAUGGGGUGGGGCAGCAGGAGCGGGCGCGAGGUGUGGAAGGGCGCGAGGGACUCGCAUGGCACGCAGUCCAGCCUGUUCCAGGGGGGAGGCAGCGGCAGGCUGCUGGGACUCACUCUCAGCCCGCUCAGGGCCAGGGGUGGCGCAGAUGGGAAGAGUGGGCGGCAAGGUGAUGGCAGGGGGUUGAGCGGGCCUCUUUCCCCGGCCGUUGUGCCGCGCUUGCCUUCCAGUGUGGGCCUGCUGCCCUUCCCCACCACCGCUGCUCCUCCUGCUCCUCACUCGCCCAUGCUCGUGCCUGGGGCUGCCUUGCCUGGUUCGCCGUUGCCGUACCAGAGAGGGAGGCUCGGGAGAGAGGCGUGGCAGCAACAGCAGCAGCAGCAGCAGCAGUUGGGGCAGCAGCAGGAGCAGCGGCAGCAGCAUAGCCAGCAGAGUGAGGUGCAUAAGCAGCAGCACGUCACGACGAGCCUGCACCAGCACACACAUGUGUCGUGUGUUGGCUUCAGUGUCAGCACGGUCAAAAGCACAAGCACACACGUUGCAACCACACACGCCACAGUCACACAGCAAUGCUCCAGCAGGGCCACCUCAGAAGCAGCAGCAGCAACACAAGUCCACCAGUCCCCAACAGCCACGACGCCGUUGGUUGCCAAGCCUGGCAGCGAGGCUCGGGAAGCCAAGGGAGCUCCUGACGGAAGCCAAGGGUCAGAAGAGCAGGCUCGGCAGCAGCGGGUGUGGAAGCAGUCAGAGCGGGCAGCGGAGCGGAGGAGGAAGGCACGGGCGAGUGACUUUGUGCUGAGGAAGCCGUAUGCCGACAUCCGCGAGGAGUACGUGGUGGCCCGCAAGGAGAUCGGCAGCGGGCAGUUCGGCAUCAUCCGCAAGUGCGUGCAGCGGCACACAGGGCUCACGUUCGCGUGCAAGACGAUCGCCAAGGCAGGCAUUCUGACGGCGGAGGAUGCGGAGGACGUGCGCAACGAGGUGGGGUUCCUGGAGGAGCUGCGCGGCCACCCGCACAUCGUGGCCGUGCAUGCCACGUUUGAGGACGACGACAACAUCCACAUUGUGAUGGAGCUCUGCAAGGGUGGCGACCUCUUUGACCGCAUCAAGCUGCGCGGCCGCAUGCCUGAGCGCGCUGCUGCUGCCAUCUGCAAGUCGCUGGUGGGUGUGCUGCUGCACUGCCAUGCGCGCGGCGUGCUGCACAUGGACGUGAAGCCCGAGAACGUGCUCAUGUGUGACCGCUCUGACGACACCCACAUGAAGCUCAUCGACUUUGGCGUCGCCACGCGGUUCACUGCAGGCGUGCCGUGCCGGGAGGUGCUGGGCACGCCGGAGUACAUCGCCCCGGAGGUGCUCAAGGGCGCGUACGGCCCGCCCGCUGACCUCUGGAGUGCUGGCGUGGUGCUCUAUGUCAUGCUGGCCGGGGCGCCUCCCUUCUGGGAGCGUGCGAGUAAGACGCUCAAGGAGUCCAUUCUGGGGGAUGACGUGCCCUUCACCCAAAGCAAGUGGGGCGACCGGUCGGCGGAGUGCAAGGAGCUUAUAAGGAGGAUGCUUGACAAGGAUCCAGCCACGAGGAUCACAGGGAAAGAGAUUCUUGCUCUGCCUCCGCGUUGUAGAUCACAAACUCGUGCUCGAUUCCACGAAUCUGACAUUUCGACGAUGGGCUCGGGACUGACGCUCUACGGCCACGUGCACUCGCCGUUCGUGCGUCGCGUGCUGCUGACGCUCUACGAGAUGGGCGUCGAGGAUUUCGAGAUGAAGGUGGUGAACACGAGCAAGGGCGACAACAAGACGCCCGAGUACCUCGCCAUGAACCCCUUCGGCAAGAUGCCAGUGCUGGACGACAACGGCCGCUACCUCUAUGAGUCGCGCGCCAUCAUGCGGUACAUAGCGGAGAAGUACGCGGAGGGCAAGGCGGACCUGGUGGGGGGCGACGUGUGGGAGCGCGCGGAGGUGAGCCAGUGGACGGACGUGGAGGCGCACAGCGUGACGGAGCAGGUGGCCGUGGUGGUGGAGGAGAACUUUCUUAAGAAGCUCAUGGGCAAGGGGGAGCCUGACAAGGCGCGCGCUGAUGCAGCCGUUGAGAAGCUGGGGCGGCUGUUUGACAUCUACGAGAAGCACCUGCAGGGGCGCGAGUACCUGGUGGGCGGGCGCUGCACGCUGGCGGACCUCACGCACCUGCCCUACACCGAGAUCCUCUUCCAUGCCGGCGCCGCUCACCUCAUCACAUCACGCCCCAACGUGGCGCAGUGGUGGGAGCGCAUCUCCUCCCGCCCCGCCUGGAAGAACGUGCAGCAGCUCGAGCCCAUCCCCGCUUGA